GAUACAAUAAUUCAUUUUAAGAUUCCUAUCUGGCAAAACUGUUCAGGAGCUCUUUUUUCCGAGGAAUACUUGAAGGCACCAUUGCUGUCACAUGGCAGCACUCUAAAGAGGAACUACAAUUCUGAGGAGUAAUGUUAGCCACCGUUACCAUGGAAACAGAGGCCAGUCACAUGCUAGAGGCAGCCCUGGAGCAGAUGGAUGACAUCAUUGCAGCAUCCAAAGCAGCACAAGUGGAACUCUCCAAUGGCGUCUACGAGCUGACUCCUGUGGUCCAGUUAGCCGAGGACCUGAAACGGGCUUUGGAUCUUCAUCCUCAGCAAGAAGCCAGAGAGCAGCUGAGAGAGAAGUUACCUGCAGGAACAGCUCAGACUCUCCAAGCCUGGCUUCAUGGCCUUCCAGUGAGCUUGUGUCCUCCUGCCAAGAAUGAAAGCUACACAGAGAGACUGCUACGUCUCGAGGAGGACAAGAAGUCUUUGGUCCUACAGGUGAGUGCACUGACUGAUCAAGUGCAGGCCCAAGGUGAGAAGAUCCGAUCCCUAGAAAGCUCCUUGGAGGAACACAGACGCAAGCUAGCUUCCACUGAGGAAAUGCUUCAACAGGAGCUGGUGAGCAAGACCUCGCUGGAGACCCACAAGUUGGAUCUGAUGGACGAGGUCUCGUACCUCAAACUGAAGCUGGUUAGCAUGGAGGACACACACAUGGAAGAGCCAACGCACACACAGCAGAAUAAAGCCCAGUGUGUGGUAAACCUCAUUAGUGAGCUCCAGGAGCAGAUGUGCCGCUUCCAGGAGGAGAUCAGCACUCGCAUUAAAGAGAAGCGAACGCUGGGAGAAGGCGAGAGCCGGCAGGAAGAGCCUCCAUCCAUCCGGGUCCAGGAGCACAACUCUCAGGUGGACUUAGCAAGAACUCAGCUGAGCCCGUGUGACUCUGAUGGAGGACUGAGUGCAAAUGAUUUCUUGGAGGAGAUGGAGCAGCUCAGGAAGAAAGUGGGGGAGCUGCAGUGGCAGAAAGGACAAUAUGAGAGGCAGCUUGGAGCCACCAAGGCUGAGAUGUCAGAGAUGCAACACAUGCUGCUCUGCAAGGAUGCUGAGAUCCAACGCCUGCACACUCAACAUCUGUCAAACUCCACCAAUGACAACACACACAGAGACCAGGAAUACCAGAGACUGAAGGUGGGGAUGGAGUCUCUUCUAGCUUCCAAUGAUGACAAGAGUCGUCGUAUAGAAGAGCUGACAAAUCUCCUGGGCCAAUACAGAAAGAUUAAUGAGCUCAUGAUGCUCACACACGCGAGCAGUGAAGAGGAGCUGAAUGGAAACAUCAGAUUCCUCACACACUCUGAUCUCCUCCAAUCACAGUUGUCAUCGAGAGGAUCUUCUCCACUUACGUUAUACUCAUCGCCUUACCAGAGAGACGUGGACUCAAGUUUCCAGAAGUCAGUGGACACAUCAAUACUUGCUACCAGAGAAAGCAUCUUGUCCCAGGGGUCAUGGCAUCAGCGCAGGAUGCAGUCCAGCAGUCUUGAGGAGUUGCAGAGCAGAUCUUUACAGAAGAAGGUCCCCAUGGAGCACAAGAAGUAUGGAACUCUUCCAGGCAAGUUGAGCUCAAAGAUGGACGUGAACGAUGAUGAUGAUGAUGAUGAAGAAGAAGUAUCUCCUGUUAAUAACUACCAGCGCAGCCUGAUUCACUGCAGGAGCGCCAGUGCACCCACUUUAGAGAAGAUGGAUGAGUCCCAGCAGUCCUUCCUGUCCACUGAGAGGGACUCCAGCCAGCAGUCCUUCCUGUCCACUGAGAGGGACUCCAGCCAGCAGUCCGCCAUGUCAGCAGAAAGCAGGAAGAGUCACCGAGGCAUCAAGAAACUGUGGGGCUUCAUCCGUCGCAGUCAGUCAGGUAGUCCGGUCCAGGUCCAUGACCCCAACCUUGGAGACUUUAAGCGGGGAAACAUCAGAGCCAGCGCUGGACCAAGACUGGCACCUUCAGUUAAUAUGCGAGACUUGAAGGUUCCUUUUUCCAAGUGGAGCUCAGAGCAGACGUGUGAUUGGCUGGAAGAUAUUGGACUGAGUCAGUACGUCACGCUCGCUCGCCAUUGGAUCACCUCUGCUCAAACUCUACUGGCAGCCACGCCACAUGAGCUGCACAAGGAAAUGGGGAUGAAGAAUCCAUUGCAUAGGAAGAAACUCCAGCUGGCCAUGAAGGCUUUGACUAGCAAGCAGCACGAGAAGUCUGCUGAGUUGGAUUACAUCUGGGUCACUCGAUGGCUGGAUGACAUCGGACUGCCUCAGUAUAAAGAUCAAUUUAGUGAAGCAAGAGUGGAUGGACACAUGCUGCAAUACCUCACUGUGAAUGAUCUGCACGUCCUGAAAGUGAGCAGCCAGCUGCAUCAUGUGAGCAUCAAGUGUGCCAUCCAUGUUCUGCACCUGCACAAGUUCCACCCCUUGUGUCUGAAGCGCCGACCCAGCAGCGAGAAGCAGUUGAGUCACAGUGAGGUGACCCAGUGGUCCAACCACAGAGUCAUGGAGUGGCUGAGAUCUGUGGACCUGGCAGAGUACGCCCCAAACCUGCGUGGCAGUGGAGUUCAUGGAGGUCUGAUAAUGGUGGAGCCUCGCUUCAACGCCGACACGCUGGCCACGCUGCUGAACAUCCCGCCUCACAAAACACUGCUCAGACGUCACCUCAGCAGCAACUUCAACAACCUGCUGGGGAGACACGCCCAGCAGGAGAAGCGACAAUACGCCGAAGCCGCUGACCACUCGCCACUCAACAUUACCGCCAAGAUCAAGCCAAAAAAGUUGGUCUUUUCCAACUUGGCUCACUUGCGGAGGAGGCGGCCAGAAGAGUCCAAGGACUACGUUUGUCCCGUGGAGUCUGGUGGGCCUCAGGACGGAUGCACAUCAGUGAACCAGAUCCACAUCCUGGAUCCUGAUGAGUCCACAGACCAGUCUUUCCUUCAUCCUCCUGAAGCCCACCAGUGUGACGUGGACCAGUGAUGUCCAACCCUCAUCAUUACCUUCUCCUGAAGCCCACCUGUGGACCAGUGAUGUCCAACCCUCAUCAUUACCUUCUCCUGAAGCCCACCCAUGGACCAGUGAUGUCCAACCCUCAUCAUUACCUUCUCCUGAAGCCCACCAGUGUGACGUGGACCAGUGAUGUCCAACCCUCAUCAUUACCUUCUCCUGAAGCCCACCUGUGGACCAGUGAUGUCCAACCCUCAUCAUUACCUUCUCCUGAAGCCCACCUGUGGACCAGUGAUGUCCAACCCUCAUCAUUACCUUCUCCUGAAGCCCACCUGUGGACCAGUGAUGUCCAACCCUCAUCAUUACCUUCUCCUGAAGCCCACCUGUGGACCAGUGAUGUCCAACCCUCAUCAUUACCUUCUCCUGAAGUCCACCUGUGGACCAGUGAUGUCCAACCCUCAUCAUUAAAUGUUCCUUAGCAAAACAAGAGUAAUACUUCCAUUUUUACUUAAUACACUUCCACUUGGAAUACUGUUGCAGUGUUUAAUUUAUUUCUUUUGUGUUCUAUUUGGUUUUUGGACAUUCUAUACUAAAGGUAGUAACAUUUUGUUUAUAAUAAACACAAUGUGUGUCAAAUGUACUUCAUUCUUGAAAUAUACUUUAACUUACUAGUGUACAAAUCAAUUUGAUUGAUUGAUUGAUUGAUUGAGAACAUGCAACAUGCAA